UUUAAAGUUGAUUAUUUUGAAUGGUUGAAUAUUAUUAUUAGGAAACUUUCAAUAUCAGCCAAUUCUAGAUUGACUCUAAUAAUUCUUUUUAUCAAAUAUCAUCCAUACCCACAUCAAUCUUCAUUAUAGAACAACUCUCCAAUAUAUCAUAACUAUGUAACGCCAAGAAUAGUUUACAAAAGUACACGACCUCAUUUAAAUUUCUAUUUGUGUUAGCAGCCCAAAAUAUAUUUUUGACCGUCAUAAUCUAAUUCAAAGAACAGGUUGGUAUAAAUCAAAUUCAAAACAAUCCAAUUGCAUUGAAUUCUAGAUUCAUUAUCAACGAAUUACUGAUUUGGUAAUGAAUGAAGGCCAAUCCAACAAUAUAAGUCCUAAACAAAAAUCAUAUCAUGGUCAAAAUAAAACUAUAGGAUUAGGAAUUGAGCCUUAUGUCCCACCAUCAUCUGAUGAAUCUAAACCUGGAUUAAAACCUAUUCGAUUGGUGAAACAAGUAGAGCAUAGUAAAUCAUCAUCUACAUCGUCAUCAUCUUCUACUUCAUCUAAUACAUCAGCAUCUGCUGCUAUUGAUAAAGCUAAUAAUGAUGAAUUCCAAUGUCGUCCUAUGCGAUUAGGAAGUAGUAGUACUAAAAUCCAACCCCCAUCAACACCAUCAUCUGCAUCCACAAACACAAAUGUCAUAUCUCCUACUCCUAAAAGACGAUCUAUUCAAAUCAAAGCAUUGCCAAUAUCCACUGAUAAUGAUCGUUCAUCUACAGCUUCAGGAGUUGAAUCUUCAAUUUCAAUCCCUCAUGUUGAUCCUAAUGUUGAUGAUAUAAUCUUUGCUAUUUGUAUAGUUGAUUUUCAUCAUCAAAGAGGACCUGAGAUUCAAUGGUGGAAAUCAAAUUAUUUUCAAGAUUAUAAUGCUAAUUUAUUUAAAAAUUUACCCUUUCAAGCUUUACCUGAUGGAUCACAUUUAUUUGAAGAAACAUUUUCAAAUUUUAAUUUAGUAUAUGAUUUUAAAAAUAAUAUAUCGAUUGAUAAUGGAGAAGAUCUUAAUCAUUAUCAAGGUGAUCCAAGAUAUCUUAAGACAUUAUUUGGAUGUUCAUGUGUUCGACAAUUGAAAACCAGUGAAUUAUCUCAAGAAGAAAGAGAUCGUCAUAAGGAUAUUACUCGAUCUAUAGUUCAAAAAUCUGUCGUUAUUAUCGUUCGUAAUAAACCUAUCUUUUCCAAGAUUAAGGAAAAAUUAUCGAUUUGUACUCAUAGUUAUUUUCAACAAGAUGAUUUUAAUAAUUAUGAUAUUUUAAUUAAUUUAUUUGAUAGUUUGAAUCAUAGUUUGAAACAAGAAUUAAUUGAAGAAAGAGAUGAUUCCAAUCCUCAAACUAUUCAAUUACAAUUAAGUCCUUCAUUAAAUAAUAAUCAACAAGAUGAAGAAAAUUUCAUAAAUCUUAAUUUAAGAAAUUUAAUUUUAAAAUUUAAAUCUAAUUUUUUAAUCAUAUUUAAAAGUCUUUUAUUAGAAAAGAAGAUCUUAAUUUAUUCUAAUAAUAAUCUUGAAAUCCUAACUCAAUUUCAAAAUAAUUUAAUUAGUCUUAUUCCAGAAUUAAUUAAUAAUUUAGAUAAUUCAGGUUGUCCCUUGAUAGAUUUCAUUGAAACCAAUAAAGGAUCAUUAAUAAAACCAACUUCAUUAAAUUUGAUUAAUCGAAAAUCAAAAUUAAGAUUCUUUGGAUUACCUUUACAAAUCUUUAAUACGAAGAAUAGUUAUUGGAAUCCUUAUUUACCAUUACAACAAUUGAAUGAAUUAUCCUUAAUUGAAAGUUUUAUGAUUGGGUGUUCGAAUUAUUUAUUUGUGAAUCAAUUAGAUACGUUUAAGAUUGAUUUAUUUAUAAAUUUAGAUACUUAUGAAUUAAAAUUCCCUAUGACUAAUAAUAUCAAACCGGAAGAAUUAUCAUUAUCAGCUCAAGAUAAAAAGUUCAUUACUUCAGUUAUAAAUAAUAUUACUUUAAAUGGAGAUAAUGGAUCUUAUUAUGGUAAUGAUGAUUAUAUUCGUAAUCAAUUUGAAGAUUAUUUAUUAUCAUUAUUAUCUACUACUAGAUUUCAACAAUAUGUGGAUAAAUUUAAUCAAUUUCCUCCUGGAUUUGAAAGUAAUAAUACCAAUAAUCCUGUCAUUACCAAUGUUAAACAUUUAGGUAAUUUAAGUCAUUUUAAUGAUAAGUAUAUUGAAAUGUGGAAACGAAGUCAAAAUUUCAAGAUUUGGAAUCUUAUGGCGGAUGAAUUUAUUUUUAAUUUUAUUAAUCCAAAUCAUAUAUCGUUUGAUUUAAUAGAUACAUCAUCUCAUCUUAAUAAUGCGAAUCAAAUCACUCAAUUCUUUAAUAGUUUUAAAUUCAAACCUGCUACACCAGUUUCAUCCACCAGUUCCACUUCAGGAGCUAAUAUCAUUGAUAAGGAAUCCAAAGCACAGAAAUUCAUAGUGGAAGAUAAUAGUACAUCGAAGGAAAAUGAUAGACCAACCAAUAAUAAUAAUAACGACAACCCCCAUUCGAAACAUAACGAAAAUGACAAUGACAAUGAUGACUAUGAUGAUGAUGAUGAUGAUACGACUAUCAUUGCUAAUGACAAUGAGUUUGUAAAUAUAAAUGAAUCUGUAGAACCGAUUGGGAAAAGGAUAUCGAAUUGGACAUCUACGUGGGGAUUCAAAAAGAAGUGAUAUAGUCGUGUGUAUGUUAGUAAGUAUAUAUAUACCCAAUAUAGAAGUUGAUUCUUAUAGAUCUGUAUAUCUGUAUAUGUCUUAAUUGUUACUGCAAAAAAAGGUCUGAGAUA